UAGCCCAAGAAUCAAUGCACGCCAUACUUAACCAUGGUCAACAGUGAAUAUGAUGGAUAUGAUGACCGUGAUUUUUAGCUCCUUCUGGGUGUAUCUUCUUCUCAGCAGGCAGUCAGGCAGUGUAACAACCGGACGCUAUCAACAAGUAUUGCACAUUGGUAUUAGUAUACAUCCGUAUGGAGUGGCUGGAGAUUGGUCUCGGCAAUUAUGGUGCGUGCACUAUGCCUUGUUUGACACCCUGUUUAUUCCUGCAUUCAUGCAAUGUCCAGCAGGUGUAACUUGUCGCGGAUUUCCCGUAGUCAUUGUCACAAUACCGGAAACCAUGCAGAUGUCUUGAUUGUAUCUGCCUAGGUACCUACCUAGGUAAGCAUCAUGCAGGGAAUGGAUGAUGAAGAUGUAAGGGUGAAGAAUUUGGGGAAAUAAGAAACGAGCUAAGUUC